AUGCCUUCUCGCCGUCGUCUCAACUAUGUACGCCGCUACAAGGUCCCCGACGAUGUCCUCAUCUUGGUUUUGGGCUACCUUGAUCCUCCAUCUUUGUGGAGAGCUUGCAAGGCCUUCAAACGAAUUCAUGCUCUGGUGAAGGACUUCUCUGACCUUCGCUACAAAUACGAGCUUGCAAUUUUGGGCAUGAAGGAUGGGCCCGUAGCACAUGCGCGUGUCCCUCCUGUGUAUAGACUCCAACUCUUGAACGCUUACAGGCAAGGCUGGGGCGGGCUUUCGUGGACUUACGAAUCGAAAGCUCAAAUCCCUCAGUCCACCCGAGCUGGCGCCUCUGGUGGUUUUCUGCAGCAGAUAAAGGAGAACGGUGGAAACACUGUUCUCGACUUGAUGGAGCUGCCCUCGACUCGAACAAAUCGGCUCCCAGCCUCUACACGCCAUCUGCGGUACAUUUCUUCCGGUAUCGAGAGCCUAGCUAUCGACCAGGUUCAAGCGCUUAUCAUAACUAGUCAUGCCUUCAGUCACCAGGGACAGAUCGGUAUCCAGCUCCAUUUCAGGGAUCUCUGGAAUUUUAAUAAACACCCUAGGGCAUGCGCUCCGUCGUACGAGUUCUCGACUCAGGUUUCUUCCCGCCUACGUCGAAUUGAUAUUACUAUCUGUGGAUCCAAAGUUGCCAUUUCGCUUGAAUUUUCCGGCGCACGAAUGAAGCACUUGAUCAUGAGUUGGUUCACUUUUGAUGCUAGGUGGCUCGAUGACGAAGAUGUCCUCUUCCUGGACGAGACCUACCUUCUCGGAAUCAACAGGAGGUCUGGAAUCCCGCUCCUGUGUCUCUACAACAUCUCCAAACCGUCCGCGUUUACUAUUCUCCGUGAAUUUGAACUUCCAGAGGCUUGGGACCGUUCCGUCAUUGAAUUUUGUCCCAACAGUUCCCCACGCUCCGAUUUUUCACUUUCUCCCAGCACUGUGUUUUAUUUGGCACCAGAAACGAGGAUCCUCGCUAUCAAAUCUAGGAAAUCCUCUCGAGACCCUCAAGCUCCAUAUACCCCUAACGACUGGUUGUUCAUCAAAGAGUCGUAUUUUAAGCACAUGUCACGCAGAGAUCCUUUCCGCAUGGCCUGGAAGCAGUGGGGUCAGUACUGUCUCGCCAAAGAGGUGAUGAACUACCCUCCGUCGACGAUUCGUGGUCCCUACAUCGUUGGCUCAAAAGUCUUCUACGUCGAGAACACUCUCGCAAGAGUCACCGGCAGUCGAAGCACCACCCUUACCGUACACGGAGGAUCACGACUGCAUGCAAUUGAUUUCUCUCCGUUUACGGACUAUGGCGAAGCGUCUGGACAGAACUGGGUUUCAAAUGGACCCAAGGCUGGACUUAUUCCUAGUGAAUAUAGCAAGUCGAUUCAUGCUGCUGUUGUGGAUGGGUUGUCGAUUGAGGACGUUAGCGUCACUGAAGAUAAUAUUAUCCUUUUCACUAUGGUAGGUAUCAGCUCUACGGACAGCAUAUCGAAGGCAUUAGAUCCAGAAGAGAUCCUAAACAGCUCACUAAACACCCUCUACGGCUAUCAACCUAUCACUCUUUCAUCCUCAGGAUCACUGUUUGAAUACACUCUACAUUCGGGAGGCUCAUGGAGCGGAGAUAACAAGCCAUCCACACUCGUGCUUCGUACACCCGACACACGUUCUUCUAAUUGGUCUCUUCACGCCUCAUCGAUAUGGGCAUCAUCGAGAUAUUUAGCAGACCACUUUGACGAACUGGGUCUCCCGGACUUGAUCGGAGAUAAAGAGGCAAGUCAACCUGAAUCGAGCUGUUUUCGUCUAUUGGAAUUAGGUGCUGGUGCCGGUCUUCCAGGAAUCGUGAUCGCAAAGACCCACCAAAGACUACGGGUCACGAUCAGCGAUUAUCCUGACCAGCAGCUCAUCGAAACCCUCUGCGAGAAUAUCUCUAGAAACGCCGUGGAAGGGAAUUGUAAAGCCAUAGCAUACGCUUGGGGUUCAGAAUCAAACUCUCUUUGUGAUGAUGGUACACACCCUCAGGAACCAACCAGGCUAUUCGACAUGAUCAUCGCUGCCGAUACGGUAUGGAAUCCAGACCUUCACUGCGUUUUCAUUGACUCUCUCAAAAUGCUGCUGAAGAGGACGGAAGGAGCAUGUAUUCAUCUGGUGGCUGGGCUUCAUACCGGAAGGUACACUUUACAAUCAUUCAUAAGAGCCGUUGCUCAAGCGGGACUUGUCGUCGAAUCUGCGAUCGAGCGAGAGUUGAAUGGAUGUUCAAGUCGCCCUUGGAAUGUGAAGAAGGCAGAAGAAGAGGAUGAGAAAGAGAGGAGGCAAUGGGUUGUUUGGAUAACGAUAAGAUGGCCGAUGCAUAAAGAUAGAGAGUGA